CCCUCUCUCUGGGAAGGCCCUUGGAUCCCUCGAUCUCCAAGGCCUUCCUUCCAUUGCCAUCGCCAUCGGCAUCAAUUGUUCCCCGUGGUGGUCUUGUGGCUCUCUCCGGUCGCCUGAGCAAGCCACACCUAGUCGGUCACACUCCCCUGAUCGGCGUCGGGCGGUCGGGUUCAUUUGAUGCGCAGUGGGCCCGGCGGGCAUGGCGUUCCACGAAGUGGAGACGUCGCGUCGGUGCUAAGACGUCGGGGCAUGGUCGGCGCGCAGUGACGGCGGUCGGCGGCUGGGUCCGAUCCGUGCAUGCAUGCCCUGCGCUCUUACCCUCAUCGAGUCGUCGCUCGACCGGUGGUGCCCCCUCCCCCGCGCCUGCUCGGCGCCCACAAGGUCGCAGCCACGGGGAGGCGCAGAGGGAAAAGGAAGAUGAGCUGCUUUCCGUGCUUCGGUGGCGGAAAGGGCAAUGACGACGACGACGACGCGGAGAGCCCAGGUGAUGCGGCCCCGGCAUCCAACAUGGCGCCACCCGCGAUGGUGCAGGCGCCCGCCGCAUACUCCCCGGCUCCCACGGCCGCUCCAACAGCCGCGGCUCCGCCCAUGCCCGGUGGCGCGAACCACGCGCACGAGGCUUCCGCCGACGAGUCGUCGUUGCGGCUCGCCAUCACGGGGCAAGCGUUCGCGUUCCGCGAGCUCGCCGCGGCCACAGACCAUUUCACGCCAUACAACCUCGUCGGAGAAGGCGGAUUCUUCCGGGUCUACAAGGGCCAACUAGAGAAGAGCGGCCAGACCGUGGCCAUCAAGCAGCUGGACAAGCAUGGGUUCCAGGACAACAAUGCGUUCCUGAGCGGGGUCGCCAAGCUCAGCAAGCUCCACCACGAGAACCUCGUCGACAUCAUUGGCUACUGCGCCGACGGAGACCAGCGGCUGCUGGUGUACGAGUCCGUGCCCGCCGGCACCUUAGAAGACCACCUGUUCGAUCUGCCGGCGGACAAGAAACCGAUGGACUGGUGCACGAGGAUGAAGGUGGCGCACGGCGCGGCACAGGGGCUGGAGUACCUGCACGAGACAGCGAACCCGCCGGUGGUGUACGGGGAGUUCAAGGCCUCCCACAUACUUCUCGACGAGAGGUCCACGCCCAAGCUCUCCGACUUCGGGCUCGCGCAGCUCGGCCAGGCGGGGGGCAGCAUGCCGGUGGCGUCGCCCAUGAUGGGCUCCUUCGGCUGCUGCGCGCCGGAGUACGACAGGACCGGGCAGGCCACCAUGAAGUCCGACGUCUACAGCUUCGGGGUGGUGCUGGUGCAGCUCAUCUCCGGGAGGAGGGCCGUCGACACCAGCAAGCCGGUGGACGAGCAGAACGUUGUCACCUGGGCCAUGCCGAUGUUCAAGGACCAGAAGAGAUACCAUGAGCUGGUUGAUCCACUCAUAAAAAAGGAGUACGCUGCCAAAGCGCUGAACCAGGUGGUCGCCAUGGCUGCGAUGUGCUUGCAGGAAGAGGACUCCGUGCGACCGCUGAUGGCCGACGUCGUCAUGACGCUGGGCUUCCUCACGGCGAUGCCGCCGGAUCCACCGGCCCCUGCUGCUCCACCUGCCGCCGCCUCGGAGCCGAAGAAAGACAAAGCAGAAUCGGAUCAUUCAGACUCAUCGUCAUCUUCUUCGGACGACGAAGAGGACGAAGAGGAGGAAACCGAGGAGCAAUGAUAAGGGCAUGCAGGUGUGUUCCUAGGCUUCAGAUGUGGAAGGCCGGCCACGCAGAUGAAUGUGGCUUCAUGCACCUAUUCUGUAAGGAGCUCAAUAUGUAGACCGUGGAUUAAUUAAUCCUUUGGGGGCUAGCUACAUGGUGUGGUUGCGGUUGCGGCAGUGUAAAUUUGGGGUGUUCAUAAUUUUUUUUUUUUUGACUGUCAACGGGGGAAAGGCUCCCCACCUGAUUUUUCAUUGAUAUGUUCUUGUCGCCCCUAAAGGCUUUACAUAAGUUUAUAGACCCGGCUUGCCGGGGUGAGGGGGGGAAG